AAGAUCAAUUAGCACUGUGAAACUCUGCGAAACUUCUUCCGGCACGCGUACUGAUCUUCAUUAAAUUGCUGGACUGAUCCGGAUUGCCUGCCGUAGGUGAAGACUUCCCACUCACCAAGCUCCCAGCCUUUGUGUUCGUCAAUAUUUAUUCUCAUGCGCCUCGCAGCAGAAGAGGACGUCAACAUGUCCCCAUCAAGCACCAUGCCCAACGCGAUCGAAGGUGCCAAUGGGAUCGCCGAGACGUAUGAAUACCCCAUAAGCCAUACGCCGGAAGGCCCAUAUACAGUCCUGAAGGAUCAAUAUCACUCGAAGCCUCGCAAGCUACGAGUAGCAUGUGUUGGCGCAGGAGCCUCCGGCCUCUGCUUGGCCUACAAGAUGGAGAAAAUGAUGGUCCCGGGAUCCUGGGAGCUGACACUCUACGAGAAGAACAAGCAGUUCGGAGGCACCUGGUAUGAAAACACGUAUCCUGGUGUCGCUUGCGAUAUUCCGUCUCACGACUACAACUUUACUUGGGACCCGAAACCGGAUUGGUCGUACUUCUUCGCUUAUGGCGAUGAGAUUCAGCGCUACUUCGAGGACUUCGCGGAGAGACAUGGCAGCAAGAAGUACAUGAAGCUUAACUCUAAAGUUAUUGAGAACAGAUGGAACGAAGAGGAGGGAAUCUGGAAAAUCACAGUUGAGGACCAGAACACAAAAGAGAAGUUCGAAGACUGGGCACAUGUUCUAGUCAAUGGCACUGGUAUCUUGAACACGUGGAAGUGGCCCGACAUUGAAGGCUUGCACGACUUUAAGGGCAACCUUAUGCACUCAGCGUGCUGGGAUCACAGCGUGGACUUUAAGGACAAGACUGUUGCCGUCAUUGGCGUUGGCUCAACCAGCGUCCAAAUCACACCGGCGCUGCAGCCAAUUGUCAAAAACCUCGAGGUGUUCAUGCGAAGCCCGACCUGGAUCAGCCCUCCAUUCGGCGCAGGCGCACUUCAGAGCGACCUUCAAAAGGGAGCGGAAGUAGACCCUGGUCAGAGACAGUACAAGUUCAGUGACGAGGACAAGAAGAGAUUCGCAUCAGACCCAGAAUACCACCUUGACUUCAGAAAACGUAUCGAGGCAGAAAUCAACAGCCUGUUUGGCAUGUACCAACAGAAUUCAGAGCUGUCUAAUCAAUUCCGUAAGGUAAUCACGGACGAGAUGAACCGUCGCAUGGGUCCGGGCCACGAGGAGUUGAAGAAGUUUAUCAUCCCAACCUUCUCUCCCGGCUGCCGACGUAUCUCUCCCGGCGACGGUUUCCUCGAGGCCCUUGUGAAGCCGAACGUUCGACCCGUGUUCAGUGGUAUCAAGAAGGUCACCGAGAAUGGCAUCCUUACAGAGGAUGGCGAGGAGCACAAGUUUGACAUCAUCGUCUGCGCUACCGGCUUCCAGGUCGCCUUCAAGCCGGCUUUCAAAGUCAUAAACGGCGAAGGAAAAUCCAUCGAUGAGGAUUGGACGAAUGGUCCAAACUUGUACUUUGGCGUCUCCGCGCCUCGAUUCCCCAACUACUACACGAUCGUUGGACCGGGAGCCACAUGGAGCAAUGGCACUCUUAUUCCAUCCAUCGAGACGACGAUUGAAUACUCGAUCCAGAUCAUGAAGAAGAUUCAACAUGAACACAUCAAGGCGAUUGAGGUCAAGCAGGAGGCUCUGGACGAGAUCUACGCACAUUUCGACGAAUUCCACAAGACAACUGUCUGGCAGGAGAAUUGUCGCUCAUGGUUCAAGGAUGGGAAGGUCAAGAACCGUAUUUACUUGUGGCCUGGAUCGACGAUCCAUUUCCUCAAGUCGAUCAAGCGCCCACGAUACGAGGAUUAUAACAUUCGCUACCGAUACAAGAAUCGUUUUGCAUAUCUCGGAAACGGUGAUGUCAAGGGCACUGCAUCACGCAACGUCCAAAUGCUGAGUCCGUACAUCCGCAAUUAUGACCACGAAUGGGACGUCGAGUAAAAGGCAGCAAUUUGAAAUUUUUUUUUGUGUUACGCAAGGUAGUGCCUAACGGUUCUCGAUGCGGCAUCGCACGCAGCCAAAUGCUUGAAUUCCCACACCUGUUUUUGCUGUUGUCAGCUUUCAUUACACGCGACGCGCCGUCGGCCACAUGCACACCGUGGUCACGUUUUGAGACGGACGUCAUCUGUAUGCAUUUUCCGGGCGUUUGACCUGCAGUUGGGAGUCCAUGCGUCUUGUUGAAGACUGGGGCAGGAAGAGCCAAGGAGAGCGGCUGUAUACGAUACUAUGAUUAACGUAGGACUGAAUCAUUAGUGUACAACCAAUCCAAUCAAAGGAGAAUGAAUAUCCGAAACUACGCGGAUAUGUGUCG